GAAACCGACGGCGAUAAGCGACAAGUCGUGAAUAAUAUUAUUUUUAUUCAGUGAUAUUCUGAUAUUAUUAUCAGUUGUGCUUGGACUUCUUCUGUUUGGUGGUUGUUGCUGGACGUCGACAUUUCAGCUUUACGUAGUUAUUAUAGAACAUUCAAAGAUUAUGGAAACUGACAAAAUUUCAAUUUUAGAAAAAUGUGUUGCUGCUUUAGAAUUGAAAGUAUACGGUGUAGGCAAAGAUGCACAAGCUUCUUUGCCAAGUGGUAGCCUUCUUGAAGAAGUCAAACAAGUUGACAAUAAUAUUGGUAAUGCAUGUAUUGGUCAUCCAUAUGCUACUGCUUUGCUCAGUCAUGUAAGACUUUUGGACAAGUUGAUGGAUCCUUUCUAUGAGGACUAUCAACCGGAAUUAUCUAAACGAGAAGUUAUACUUUCUGCUGAAGCUGAAAUAAUUGGAUACUCCCAACAACUCCAACAGCUUAACGAAAAAUGGCCAUCUCUAAAUGAUAAGUAUUACAGUGAAAUAGACAAACAUACUGAAGAAAUUGAAAUAUUGGUUGAGAACGAACGCAAACAACGUGAAUUAAUUAAAGAACAAACUGAACACAUACACACAUUAUUAUUCAGGUACGAACAACUUAUGUUAAAAUUUUCAGUGGCGUUUGAUACAUUAGAGAAAGAAAUAACAGUAUUAGAGUAUAAAGCUUCAAAAAAACCAGAAGAAGAUGAGGAUGAUAAAUAAUUCUAAUACUAGUGUUAAUCAUAUUUAUCCAAAUUUCAAAUUAUAAAUAUUUAAGUUCAAUCACA